AGCUUCUGGGGGAGGUGGUUAAGCUGUCUACUUGGGUUGCUCAGGUUCCAGUUCCCAUCAUCCCUGGAUGGGUCUAAGUCAGCUCAGGGAGAAAAAGGACACAACAUUCUGAAAUGUCAGAGAUCUGCCUGGUUUUCUCUUCUUCCCGCUUAUCCCUCCCAGCCUCUAUCCAACCCCUGGCUUCCCAACUCCGUAUUUAAACCCCGCCCCUGUUGAACCCUUCGGCUUUUCUUCACUCCCGGCUUCCUCCGUCACGUUUGGCCCGGCUCAGCCGCCGUGACAGGCCUUUGCGCAUGUGCAGAAGGGAAACGUGAAGAAGGUGAAGAUGGCGGUGGCCAGGGCCGGGGUCCUGGGAGUCCAGUGGCUGCAAAGGGCAUCCCGGAACGUGAUGCCGCUGGGCGCACGGACAGCCUCCCACAUGACCAAGGACAUGUUCCCGGGACCCUAUCCUAGGACCCCAGAAGAACGGGCCGCCGCCGCCAAGAAGUAUAAUAUGCGUGUGGAAGACUACGAACCUUACCCGGAUGAUGGCAUGGGGUAUGGUGACUACCCGAAGCUCCCUGACCGCUCACAGCAUGAGAGGGAUCCAUGGUAUAGCUGGGACCAACCGGACCUGAGGUUGAACUGGGGUGAACCGAUGCACUGGCACCUAGACAUGUACAACAGGAACCGUGUGGAUACAUCCCCCACACCUGUUUCUUGGCAUGUCAUGUGUAUGCAGCUCGUCGGUUUCCUGGCUUUCAUGAUAUUCAUGUGCUGGAUGGGGGACACGUACCCUGUCUACCAGCCUGUGGGACCAAAGCAGUAUCCUUACAAUAAUCUGUACCUGGAACGAGGCGGCGAUCCCUCUAAAGAACCAGAGCGGGUGGUUCACUAUGAGAUCUGAGGAGGCUUCGUGGGCUUUUGUGUCCUCUAACUAGGACUCCCUCAUUCCUAGAAAUUUAACCUUAAUGAAAUCCCUAAUAAAACUCAGUGCUGUGUUA